CGCCUGCACGCACAGAAAUAGGAAAACUUCACUGCCGUCUACAGUGCUUUUUUGUGUCACUGGCUAAAACUUACCCCGCCUUCUCGCAUUAUCCAAUCAAUGGCGGAGGUUGCGCAUCCGCUAUUGGUCCGACUGGAGAAUUGGCUGGGAGGCCUGAGAUUGGGAGCUUGAGUACUAGCUAAGAUGGCAGCGGUCGCGGCCGGUGGAGCAGUUGGGGUAAAGCUGGGCCUGCGUGAGAUUCGCAUCCACUUAUGCCAGCGCUCGCCCGGCAGCCAGGGCGUCAGGGACUUCAUCGAGAAACACUAUGUGACACUGAAGAAGGCGAACCCCGGUCUGCCCAUUCUAAUCCGGGAAUGCUCCGAUGUGCAGCCCAAGCUCUGGGCCCGCUACGCAUUUGGGCAAGAGAAGAAUGUCUCUUUGAACAAUUUCAGUGCUGAUCAGGUAACCAGAGCCCUGGAGAAUGUGCUAAGUGGCAAAGCUUGAAGUCUCUACAGAAGUGUAUGAGCAAGAGCGCCAGAGUCUGAACUCUGUUGGACUGAAUGUGCAAAAAUGUGUUCCCCGUUUCUUAUAAAGCUUGUGCUGUAAAAUGCU